AUGAAUUGCUCAUAUAACGGAGGAAUUCCUCGGGCUCUAAAUGGAAAAGGAAAGAAAGUCGAAGAUAUACAAGAUUUGGUUCACUCUCUUUCCCUUUCUGGACCUAGAGAUACAGAAACCGACGAUGAUCCAUCCCGUCGUCAGUUCUCACUUUAUCACUCGAAGGAAACCUUUAACCCUUUCGGAGAUGCCAAGGAAGAAACCCGAAGCAUCUCUUCAUUUUUCCAUCAGCUCUAUCCCAUCAACACCAAUCUUGACCACAAUGGCAUUCCUUGGAGAAGGAAUCACAGAGCACGACACUCUUCCUCUUCCUACGAUUCAAAAGAAGAGAAAGACGACAAACCUCUCCCAAUCGGAACAGAAAGAAAACUUGCUAUCCUCGAAAGAUCUAGCUCCAAUCAAACCUCGAACAGGAUAGAGACUACUGCCUCAUCUUCAAGGAUCGCUCAGCCUCAAGCUCAUUCCAGCUGGGCACAAGCUGGUAUGGCUCUUUCCUCUCAUAUUGAUGGGGAAGGAACUUUCCGAGACCGUGGACAUAAAAGAGAGACUUCGAUGGAUGGUGGAGAAGGAAAAUGGAAUCGUCACAAUCCCUUAACUUCCCCAGCCGGGACACGACGGAAUGAUAUUGAUUACAAUCGACCCACUCAUCUCGGCAUGACUGAGUUCCUGCCCUUCAACCUUGAAUCUGCGUCGCAAAACCUUAGGUCUCGAAAUGCAUCAUCUCCUAAUGCUACUGCUGGUCCUUCCAACCAUUCAACCCAAACCGUCGGAGAAUACAGCUUCUCUGAUCUUGUCCUCACUCCAGGAUUCGGUGGCUACGCGUCCACUCCCAUGACCGACAAGCAUCGAAGGAUGAUGAGCUUGAAUUCCCCUCAUCCGGUCAGUGACCAUCAGAUUCAUUCUUCCACCACCUUUGAGGGUUCAGCGUGUCGCCCUCCUACCAGGAAUGCUCAGGAGAUUUUGGAGCAAAACCUUGUCAACCAAGGAAAAAGAAGGUCUAGUGUUCCAGCAUCCAGUUUGAAUCAGCGAAUGAACCGGGGCCCAGUUGUCCCUGUUCCCGAUCCAAGGAACAGUGACGAAAGGACCAGUCUCUCGCAACAAUUUUCGAUUGGAAAUGCGACUUUCGGCCCUGAUUAUGGACAAAUGAGGUAUGGCUCCCCAGAUCAUACAUACCAGAAUUUCUCUUCCGCCACGCACCGUGACAUAGGAUUGGAAUCAGCCAGGACUUCUCUCGAAGAUCGAAGUACUCUGAGCACCACCCAAUUCAGCAAUACUGGUUUCCUUCCAGCCCACUGGGCUCCUGGCCUUGACUUGAUUCCCCGAAACCCCAGUCCCUUUGCCCCGGGUGAUUGGAGAUGUCCACAACCUUGGUGCGAUUAUCAUAACUUCCAGCGAAAUUCUGAAUGUCGAGCGUGUGGACAUUCUCGACCGUGGGAGGUACAACCUCAAGCGCCGACCAUCAUCAGCCCUCCUCUUGGUUCAUUCGGGGACUGGCGUUGUGACUGUGGCUAUAUCAACUGGCGUCGACGAUCUAUGUGUAAAAAUUGUCAUCCAGAGCAUCAUCUUAACCAAGACCGACCAGCUAUUUCGUUGCCACGACAGCCUCGAGGUAUCAACAAUCUUGCUUUAACUACUAAUGCUAUAGGUUCCAGCUUCCACCAAAAUAAUGAUCAACAUCAUCGCGUCAGCCAGUCCAAUUUGAUCUCUCCCAUGAACGGACGUCACGCUCUGUCCGCUUAUGGUGAAGAGGGUUAUCAAGGUUCCGGAUUAUCCGAAUGGAGAGCAAGAUUCUAA